UAGUAUUUUUACAGCGCAGGCGGAUUGUAGGUGUCCGAUGAUUUCGCCUGACUGAAACUCACCCUGCGGCUCCGUGACAGCUCGAGCGACUCCUGUCAGUCAUUCAUUGCUUUAUUUCACGGUUUCUCUCGGUCAGAAUCCACCGAACCGGGUCCAGUAUGUUCGAGGAGGCCAGUGAGGUGUUGGAGAACAUGCUGAAGUGCUCGUUUCCCCUCAGUUUGCUGCUGUUUUUGGUGCUGAUGUGCCCGCUCCGCGCGGAAGCGGCGCACGAGUUCAGUGUGUACCGCAUGCAGCAGUACGACCUGCAGGGACAAAACUACGGUUCCCGAAAUGCCAUUUUAAACACCGAAGCUCGUACGGUGGAGGCCGAGGUGCUGAGUCGUCGAUGUGUCAUGAUGCGACUGGCCGAGUUCUCUUACGAGAAAUAUCAGAAAGCCCUCCGACAGUCGGCGGGUGCUGUCGUCAUCAUACUACCCCAGAACAUGUCCACUAUGCCUCAGGACAUAGUGCAGCAGUUCAUGGAGCUGGAACCGGAGCUGUUGGCCACGGAGACCAUCGUGCCCGUGUAUUUCGCUCUGGAGGACGAGGAGCUGCUGUCCAUUUACCAUCAGACGCAGAUGUCCUCUUCAUCACAGGGUGAUUCAUCAGCUGCUGAAGUGCUGCUUCACACGGCGACAGCAAACGGUUUUCAAAUGGUGACUAGUGGCGCUCAGAGUAAAGCCGUGAGCGAUUGGGCCAUUACCAGUCUGGAGGGACGGCUGGCCGGGGCCGGGGGAGAAGAACUGCCGACUAUCGUCCUUGUGGCCCACUAUGACUCCUUUGGAGUUGCGCCGUGGUUGUCAUACGGCGCGGAUUCGAAUGGUAGCGGUGUGGCCAUACUUUUGGAGCUCGCCCGACUUUUCUCCAGACUGUACUCCUAUAAGAGAACUCACGCAGGGUACAACCUGCUGUUUUUCUUGUCGGGAGGAGGCAAGUUUAACUAUCAGGGUACUAAACGCUGGCUAGAAGACAACUUGGACCACACAGAUUCCAGUUUACUUCAGGAUAACGUGGCGUUCGUUCUCUGUCUGGAUACCCUUGGGAACGACGAUAAUCUUUACCUCCAUGUGUCAAAGCCACCCAAAGAGGGCAGCCCGCAGCACACCCUGCUCAAAGAACUGGAGACGGUGGUUGACAACCAGCACUCCGACCUGAAGUUCUCCAUGGUCCACAAGAAGAUCAACCUGGCCGAUGACACUCUGGCGUGGGAGCACGAGAGAUUCGGCAUUCGCCGUCUACCGGCCUUCACCCUGUCACACCUCGAGAGUCACCGCAGCCCCGCGCGCCACUCCAUCAUGGACAUGCGGUCAGUGUCGCCCUCUCUGAUGGGGGCGGGAGAGGCCACCACCGGGCCUCACGUGGAUUUGAAGAAACUCAGUCGUAACACUAAAGUGAUCGCAGAAACUUUGGCACGCGUGAUAUACAACUUGACAGAGAAGGGUGCCAGUGGAGACCUGGAGAUCUUCACCGAACAGAUGCAAGUUCAAGAGGACCAGCUGACUUCACUGGUGGAUUGGCUGACGGCGCAGCCGCGAGCCGCCCAGCUGCUGGAUAAAGACAGCAGCGUUGUUAACACACUGGAGUAUUACAUGAGCCGCUACCUGAAAGACGUCAAGAGGCAUCUAGUCAAAGCCGAUAAAAGAGACCCAGAAUUUGUCUUUUAUGAUCAACUAAAGCAGACCAUGAAUGCUUACAGGGUAAAACCAGCGAUCUUCGACCUUCUGCUGGCCCUCUGUAUUGCAUCUUAUCUUGGCGUGUUGUAUUUGGCUGUCCAGAAUUUUGGACUUCUCUACGGUCUCCUGCGCAGACUUACGGCUCCUCGAGCUAAGCAGCAUUAAACCUCAGACCUGCGUUACACGAGGAACCACCAGGAUUCCCGCAGCAGAGCCAAAAGUGUGUUCGGUUUUUCUAUGGACCUCAUUUCAUUUGGACUUUUUAAAUAUUUGACGUGACUGAAAACAAGUCUGUGAGCGCAGAUGUACAAAACAGCUUGUGACCGUUGAGAAACAGACUGUGUGCAAAUAACUCACAGACUCGCUAUCAUUCACGACAAAUUAAAUGCAACGUCUAACCAGACUAACAUUCAUAUCGUGUCUUGUGCUUGAUUAUUUAGUUUGAAAAUGAAAUUUGAUUUUCAUGCCAAGUGUUUUUUUUAUCACUACACCAUCACUAGCAUUUCCAGUCUUCCCAGUUUCAACAUUGCCUCAGUGUCCUUGCAUCUUUAGGAUCUUUAAUCACUUAUUUCUUCAAAUGAAGCCAUUUGAACCAUAAGCUAAUACUGGAUGAGAACUCUUCAGCGCUUCUUUACAGCCGUCUACUUGCGUUAUUGGACUCUUCAGCAGUGUUUUCCGAAAGCUCAUGAUUUCAGCAGUGGGUUUUCUUCACUGGCAGCUAAUACAAGGUGGGCCAAACCUUUGCCUCUUUUUGAGUCGAAGUCUGUUGACCCUAAAGGCGACGACUCAAUCUUUGUCAUGCUCGCUCUAGUCUCUGGAGCAAGUAUUAUAUAUAUAAUGUGAUUUUUUGGCAUUUUUGUUUCAUUUAAGUUGAUCUCGAAGGUCGGAAGGAGAAUAUUCAAAAAUGUCUGUGAUCUGUACCCAAAAUCAAUCGUUUCCAGUUUUUCUUUUUUAUAUGCUGAUUUCUGUGCAGCUUUGACCUCCAAAGCCAUGUUUUGCUUUCGGGAUUUGUUAGGAAGCUGUACGGUACAAUUUACUGUUAUUUAUGGAAGCUGAUGAGCUUCGACUUUGCACUGAUUUCAAAUAUUUUGAUUUCACUUCACAAACCCAGGUGUACAAAGUUGAUUCUUAGAGAGAAGGACGAAGUCAAUAAAGGCAUUUGUUGGAAUAAACAUCACACA